AGCGCUUUUAUUAUUAUUAUUAUUAUUAUUAUUAUUAUUAUUAGUUGGGAGCAUUGAACAGGCACGCCUUUCCUGCGUCUUUGUGCUCUGCGGGGUCCCAAACCGGGCUCGACACACUUUCUCGCUUCCGUUUCUUGUGCCGCUGGGCCGCAAGCACGAAAGUUUUUAAGGAUUAAAAAUACGGUUCAGGUAACGGAGGAACAGCCGCCUUCGUAGAGCAGUAAACGCUGUGGUCUCGCAACCCGAACAAAGAUCAGCACAUCCGAGGGAAAAACGGAGACACAAAACGAAGUGGCGCCGGCUAGACAGUGUACAACAUGAGUCGUGGUCUGUUUUCGCCUAGCGGGGGCGCUGCCCUUGAGGACAUCCAAAAUGACACGCCAGCCGAGCUGCAGCGGGUGGCGAUGUUCAUCCAAAGCGGCCUGACGGGGCUCGUGGCGGCGCUGCAGUACUGGCUGCCCUUCCCGCCGGAGUGGCUGCUGCUCCUCGCGCCGUUUAUGAUUGGUCUAGUGCGCACGUUGUGGCCUUCAGUGAGCAACUGGAUCGAUCUGCGGCGCAGCGGCGUUGGCCGGCGCUACGCGACGCGCACCAUCGUGAUGGAAGCGCCGCCAUCCUUGUACAACGCGUCGUCGAACCUCAAUGACAUGAUGCUGAACGCGGUGCUGGUGUACCUGAAUGAGUACCUUUGGCGUGAACACCCACUGACCGAAGAUGAGCUGCGUGGGCUGCAGAUGCGCGUGUUGCUGAUGGAUCCGUACCGUUCUUAUCAGUCACGGUUUUACAACUCGCCGUUCAAGCCCGGCUACGACGAAACUGAUGCUGACGACGAGCAGAAGCUGAAGCCGCGGACGGUGGGGCGGCUGCGCGUGGUGCGAGCGCCGAUAGGUGCUUUCGCGCCGACUCGAAAGGACGGCAUUGAGGUGCGUUACGACGAUUCAGAGUUCUCCGUGGCUGGGUACACCGAUCCGUGGACACGACACAAGUUGACGCUGCGGUGUGCAAAGACGAAGGACGCCGCGGCGAAGCUCGACGCGUUUGUGAAGCGUGCGCUGGAGCUGUACGCGGAGAACGCCCCUUCGAAGGAGGAGGACGAUGCACGGUGGUUUUACUCGUACUGCGGGGAGGCGGAGGGUAAAGUGUUCUUUCAACAGUACGUUCUGCGCAGCAACAAGGGCUUCGACACGCUGUUCUUUCCGCGGCGCGACGCGACGCUGACGCUGAUUGACCAGUUUGUGCAGCGCCGCGGGCGGUUCGCGGUGGAGGGCUUCCCGCAGAAGCUGGGGUUCCUGCUGUACGGCCCUGCUGGGACGGGACGGCACACGUUCGUGAAGGCGCUGGCUGCGUACACGGGGCGGCACAUCGUGUCGGUGCCGCUGCCCAAGCUGCGGACAAACCAGCAGCUGUACGACAUCUUCUUUGUGCGCGACUUCCGCGCGGAGGAGAACGGGAGCGCGCAGCGGCUGCGGAUGGAGGAUGUGAUCUUCCUGUUCGACGACGUGGACGCGUCGGAGCCUGUGGUGUGCGCGCGUGCUGCGCGGCGCGUUGUGCAGCGUCGUGCGGCUGCGCGGCUGACGGCGCGUGAGGGCGAUGGCGACGGCGACGGCGGUGCGCUGACGAACUGCGUGAUUGAAAUGGACACGUCGUCGUCGCGGCCCGUGCUGCGAGCGGAGGAGAGCGCGCUGCCGCUUGCGAUGCUGAUGGACCUGGUGCUGGGCGGCGUGGCCGCUGCUGGCGGGAGUGGCGCUGGGGCGGGUGGUGAUGCGGGGAGCACGAAGGAGGAGGGCGCUGGCGGUGCGAGCGACGGCGGCCACGGGAAGCGGAAGAAGGGGAAGCGUGACGCCGGCGCGGGUGGUGCGAAGGGCGGCGACGCGGUGGGCCCGGACGCGCUCGGCGGGCACUUGUUCGGGAUGAAUGACAUGCUGUCCGGUGAGCACAAGGACAAGCUGGACCUUGCGGGGCUGCUGAACGUGCUGGACGGCGUGGUGGACGCCCCUGGGCGGAUGGUGGUGAUGAUCACGGAGCACCCGGAGUGGCUGGACCCUGCCCUGAUCCGUCCCGGGCGGUUCAGCGCGCGGCUGCGGUUCGACUACAUCGAGAUGGCUGCGCUGGUGAGCAUGCUUGGGCUGUACUACGGGGACGUGGUGCACGCUGCGUGCGGCGUGGGCGACGCGGUGGCUGCGGAGGAGGCGCGUGCGCGUGCGGCGCGUGCGGUACACCGGGAGCUGAGCGGCGCGCAGGCUGCUGCAGUGCGUGCUGCUGUUGCGGCGCUGGAGGCGGAGGCUGUAGCCCGCGGUGAGGGGUGCGGGUACCGCUUUCAGGUGACGCCGUGCGAGGUGGAGAUGCUGUGCAUGGAGCAGGACACGCUGGACGGUUUCUUGUCGCAGCUCGCCGCUCUGGUGCGUGGGGUGCUGACGUUGUGA